ACCAACCACGACCAUUUCUCAUUUCUUUUCUUUCAUUUCGCGACGGAUGUGUAUGUACAAUGAAGUGGGAGGUGCCUUAAGUUCUGUUGUCCUAUUUUAAAAACAAUUAGUGCCUUAUUAAGAAAGACAAUUCUCUAGAAACAGUAUUCUUUGCAUGCUGGUAUAAUUAUCACUGGUAUGAGUUCUCCAACUGCAGAUGAUAAAAGUGGUGAUUUGGGCAUAGGGAAGUCACCUGUUAAGAAAUGGGUUCAGUUUGAGGAAGAUGAGAAACAGAAGAAUGACUCAGAAAACUCUGUGUCACCCACUAAAUCUAUUGGGACAGAGAGAAAUGGCAGUGGAGGGGGUGUGAAGCCAGUCAGUGUGGAGACGCCGGUGGUGGUGCCCCCGGUAGCUGGGCCAGGACAGUACAGCGGGGCCGUUAUAGCCACAGAGUCUGUACAUGUCAGUCUCAACCGCAGCGUGACGUCUCCGGGCAAUGACACAACUGACACAGCCAUUAACAUGCGGACAGUGGACUUGCAGAACGGGAAAGCGGCUUCUACCGGAGUGAUACGGCAAGGCUUUGCCAACGGUGACAUCAUUGUGACUCUUCUACCAGUCAAUGCCAGCAUGCCAUGGAUCACCCCAGCCAAGUUCAGACCCGAGCUGGUGCCGGAGGAAUUGAUGGCGCAAGGCCUCACACUGACAGUUGAAGACUAUGUCAACAUCAUGGAUCUGCUGGUCAACGAUGUUCGGUUCAGUGUUUACAACAUCUGCUACAAGCGAGUGUUGGUCGUGUGGAUAUUCACAGCGUUUGUUAUUCUCCUCACCCUCCUUUUCUCUGGCCUAACGGGACUGACAUUGUUCGGUCUCGGAGUCAUGUGGCUAGUGUUCAAUGCAGCCGCUAUUUUCUUCUGCAUGUGGAUCAAAAUCAAGUUGAACCAUAACUUGGAAAGAUGCAUGGCAAAUGUGAACAAACAUCUCCUGAAACACAAGAUAAUUCUAGGAUUGGACGAUAGAGGGAAGAUAUCCUGCCACAAAGUCAACCUCUGCUUCAUAUACUUUGAUACAGCAGAUUGUGUGAAAAAGCUCCAAGAAGUGAUAGAGAGGGAGGAGGCAGAGGGUCGGCCUGUCAGUCAAGAUGAAGCUCCAGACAAGAAGAGAAGACAAGAGCUGGUGCAGAGGAUGGAUAUUGACGAUCAGGACAUCAUUAUACAAGGGAGCAAUCCCACCAGGCUCUCAAGAAAACAGGGUCGAGGUGAGCAAGUGCUGGCUCGCUAUUUGCAGCGUUGGUGCAAGGACUACCUGCGUCGUAGACUAGACUGGACAGUUGACGAGGAGGGAGGCAACCCUCCCGACCCGCGUCAUCUCCCCUCCGCGCUGUGUCCUUGUCAGUACAUUGAGGGGCAUCUGCGGAACAAGCCUAAGAAAGAUCCGCGCGCUUGCUGUCCCGCGUUUACUGCUUUCAUGCGGGAAAGGGGAAUAGAUUGAGAAUUGUUUGAAUGCCAUUAUUGUAAAAUUGUACUUAGAAUCGUUCAGUUGUUAAAAUGAAGUUUUAGGGAAACAAAAUCAUUACAGUAGAACACCUCUUGUCCCCCGCAGCUCUGGUUAAUCAUACUGGACUAAAGCUGACGUACUAAUGGGCUACUUGCUUCCUUUCACACUAUUGUUUACUUGCCAUUUUCGUACGUCCCAUUACCACAUUCUGCCAUCUCGUUUCUGUCAUCGUGUGACUAUUUAGCUUUAUACUGUGCCGUUUUAACUUCUUAAAGUUUGUUGGUAUUUACUUUCCAUUUUCGUUUUUAUUAUUUUUGUUGUUUAUUACUGUUGUGAGUGUUUUAAUAUUUUUUUUGUAUGCUAUAUAAAAAAAAUAACAGCUUUUUUGUGACUUCUUGCUAUUUUAAUACGAGUAGGAAAAUUACUGCCAAUAAUUUUGAAUAUGAAUUACUUCACUGUUAAUAAUUGUGUUUUACAUAGACUAAAACAUUGCAUUUUUACCAAUAUUCCAACCGUUUUUCAUUUCUUACAUAAGCACAGGGCGCCCCAAAGCAGAACUACAGGCAACAGUGUGACAUUGUUACAGAAAGACGGUGAGGGCUGCAGAAAAUCCAGCCUGCCCAAAUGGCUGUUUAAAUUUCUUUUGUUCUCUUUUUUAUGAUUUAUUUUCAUAGACAAAGUUAACCUGUAGGCCUAUAAGUUUCUGCAGAAAAUGCUACAUAACAAGUUCAUACAAUUGCAACUUUUACAACUUUACAACUUUUAUUUCUGCAGAAAAAUUCUCCUUUCUGCAAAUAGUAACGCUACAAAACGCCGUGCUUACAUAAACGAAAGCUGCAAAGUCAAUAUUCGGUGCAUUGAUCGUGAGGAAGAACGCUUAGAAUAACCAAUUUAUCAAAGCGAUCCAAUGUAAUAACAGUAGGCAUAUUCAAACCGAUAUGAGCGUUUGAAAACUUAUUUUCAUUUCCAAAUAUUCAUUAAAACUCAUCACACACGCGGUUCAUUAUCACGUAACUUGAACCGUGUAAACCCGCAGAAAAUUUUUGGAUUUUUCCAAGUCAGUUUUAAACCCUUCUGCUUUGGGGAGGUGACGGAUCAGAGGAGUUCUACUGUAAUUAUCACAAGAUAUUGGAUCGUUAUAAUUUUAUUUGCUUACCAACCAUAAAUAAGACUAAUCUUAAUCAUCGUAAUCCAUUUUAAUUGUUUAUUAUUCACAAAAAAUGGUUUUUCCAUAAGCACACUCAGCACAUUAUUAAUCGUAUUGUAUUUUAUCAUUAAAGUUAUAUAACCUAUUUUAUUUAAAAUGAUCAAACCCUUUCUCUAAUUUUAGUUUUUCUACCUUUUAUAGGUAAAACUUUUUAACAUUUUUAUUCAAAUUUAGGUAGCUGUACACGUUCCAUGUUAUGAGUUAGGGUUUUAGAUAUAUACUUAGCCAUUUGAUACUGUUUGAUGGUUAUGCAUUUCCAUUGAACCAUGCAAUUGUUGGAUACCAGUUUCCAGUUUGAAUUAUUACAUUAGGUCGUAUUCAGGCCAUACAAUGCAAAUGUAAGUUGAUGUACAAGCUUAGUAAGAAACCUAGUUUGUCCCUCUGAAUGUAUGAUUAUUAUCCUUAACAGUGAUAAUCCCAUCCUUACUACAGGCAUGGCUCACGAAAGCGUGUUGACAAUCGUGCCAUGCA